GUAUUUUAUAUCGGGCGUUGUUUGAUGGUCCUCGAAUGUGAGAAGAUUUUGAAUUAAUGGCAUUUGUUUUCAUUGUAUCCGUUGUGAUAUGUUUCAUAAGAGCCGUGAAAAGUGACUAUUCAGGUAUAUAUCCGGAAACACCUACGUUUGGACCAGACUGCCAGUUCCGCUGUCAUUGUACCGAUGAUGAACAGUGCAAUAACACAGACACAGGGGAAUGCACAAACGGCUGUGCACCUGGAUGGAUGGGACCUGGAUGCCAAUACCGAGAUCUUAUUAAGAAUUUUCUAGAGACAGAACAGAUUGGCAAAAAUAAUAACUUAAACAAACACUCAAGGAAUGCGGUAGACGGAGAUAUAGAUACCUGCAGCGAAACAAAUAUUGCAAACUACAACGGAAAACAAACUUGGAGGGUAGGUCUCGACAGAGAAUAUCAUAUUGUCGGCAUGAGGAUUUUUAUACUUGAAAAUGAUCUUGAGAAUUUCCGGAAUUUUAGGAUAGAAACAGGCACAACAAAAACCAACUUCACAAACGUAUGUUACCAACACCCAAAUAUGCCCGGCUUACCUAUGAUUGAGGUAAAUUGUAUCAAGCCUGUACUGGCAAAAGACAUUAGAUUAGUACUCGGACAACGCAAUGCUGCUCUGAGAUUAUGCGAAGUUCAGAUAUAUGGAGGGAGACAGAUCUCUUUCAACAUGCCGACAGACCAGUCAACAAAUUACUCUUCUUGGUGGUCCAGAAAAGCAUUGACGGUCGCAUUCCGACGUCCAAUGAUACUGUUGGUCAGAUAGAAGAAGCAACAUGUUCUGCAACUGGUGGCAAAGAGAACAAUCCAUGGUGGUAUAUCGAUCUUCAGCAAGAAUAUAUGGUUCAGGAAAUUAGCUUUUAUGGUCGUAUUUCAACUGCAGAACAAUCUCAAGGAUUCUAUAUAUCGGUUGGAAACUGUCCAAGCUCCACAACUGAUAUAUUUUACGAUGAUCCAGUUGGAAGCAGUCUACCGUCAGACUAUCAACCUAGAACGACAAAAUUAUCGAACGCUAUCAAGACAAACUGUGUGAAAGUUGAAAAACGGCCGUAUAACCAGACAGCUUCGCUUUCAAUUUGUGAACUACAAAUAUAUGCAGACUGCCCUCCUAAUCAGUGCGGCUGGACAUGUGAGAAGAGCUGUUACUGCAAUAAUGAGAUUACAGGCCAGAUGAAAAUAGACGGUUUUUGUCCGUACGGAUGUACUGGUAGAUGGACGGGAAUAAACGGAGCAUGUAAUACAGAAUGUAAUGACACAUCAUGGGGCGAAGUUUGUCAAAAAAUUUGCGGCAACUGUUUAGAUUCUCCGUGUGAUGUUUUUACUGGCGAAUGCAAAAGAGGAUGCAGCGGACCUUGGGUGCCACCACUAUGUACCAAAGAAUGUGACCGUGGUAAAUAUGGUAGAAACUGCACAGAGAGAUGUGGAAAAUGGUUUCAGAACGAUAUUUGCAACCUUGAGACUGGCUUAUGUCCAAGGGGGUGUCAGUCUGGAAAUAGAGGGAAUCGUUGCCUAGAAACCUGUCUUCCUGGAACAUACGGGACUAACUGUGGUGAAAAAUGUGGUAACUGUGUUAAUGUAACAGCGUGUAACAGCAUCAGUGGAAGGUGUGCAAACGGUUGCAGUCAAGGGUGGCGUGGUAGUCGAUGUGUAACACCAUGCAGUGAUGGCCACUUUGGAACUAACUGCGAGCGGAAAUGUGGACGAUGCAAGAACAACCAAACUUGUGAUCAUAUUACUGGAGAAUGUACAAAUGGUUGUCAUCCCGGAUUCAACGGGCUCCGUUGUGACACAGAUUCAAAUCUUCUGGCAAAAAUAAAGAAUGAAGUAACAGUAUCGACGUCGUCCGUUUAUCAAGACUGGAAAGCAGAAAGAUCUUUAGAUGGUACAUUUGUAGCAGAUCCUACCACAUGCCAAUGCUGUAGCGGAACUAGGAAUGAUAUGGUAUCGUGGUUGAAGAUCGAUUUACAGAAACAACACCCAAUCGCGAAAGUAAGUGUUUAUGGAAGGGUCAACGAAAAUGUAUUCCAACAACUUACCGGGUUUGACCUGCGUCUGCAAAAUGAUUCAUUGAACAGUGAACAACCAGUAUUUGCAAACAUUUUAGUAUCAAACAACACACGUGAAGUUACCAUACCAAACACUUUAGCAAGGUUUAUAGAAAUAAGAAGACCGGGGAAGCUUACAAUCUGCGAAGUUCAAGUAAUUGAAGGAGAGUGCAGUGUUGGACGAUUUGGUGUGGAAUGUAGUAAAGAAUGUCAUUGCGCAGACCAAAAACUUUGCGAUAGAAAUGAUGGAACAUGUGUGUCUGCCAUAUGCGAUAUCGGUUUUCAUGGAGAAGCCUGUGAUACUGAAUGUCCGGAACAUCACUUUGGCCAAGGAUGCACACGCAAAUGUCAUUGUUUAAAUGGUGCCAACUGUUCCAAGGACUAUGGCGUUUGUCCGAAUAACUGUGCUCCGGGAUAUGAAGGAACCCAUUGUGAAAAUGAAUGUGGUCAGGGUAAGUUUGGAUUAAGAUGUCAGCUUGAAUGUGGCAAAUGUAAAGACGACAAACACUGUAACCAUGUCACCGGUAACUGUCCUGAUGGCUGCAAACCUGGCUAUAUUGGAAGUUUGUGUAAAGAAGCUUUAAAUCUGAUUGAAGCAGUAAAGGAGACUGUUCACACAUCAAUGUCUUCCACACACAUGAACUGGACUUCAGAAAGGGCUAUUGACGGUGAGAUCGGUCCAGAUCCUGUAAAAUGUCAGUGUUGCAGCUCUACUAAAAACGAACAAACAUCCUGGUGGAGAGUAGAUUUAGGAAAGAAGUAUCCAAUAAACAGGAUCGAAGUGUUUGGGCGACAGCAAGAGAAUUCAUAUCAACAGCUUCAAGGUUUCAAACUUAAUUUAGGAAAUGACACAUCCGAAAUAAGCGAAACAGUUUACAUCAACACGGUUAUGGACGAGGAUCACAUUAAUCUGACUCUACCAAAUACCAUUGCAAAAAUUAUAGAAAUAGAAAGAGUUGGGAAACUAACAAUAUGUGAAGUAAAUGUUUAUGAGGGAGACUGUCCUCUAGGAAGGUAUGGUGAGGAAUGUCGGGAAUAUUGUCACUGUGCAGAUAAAAUGGAAUGUGAUCGUACUCAAGGGAUAUGUGAAUCACCCGUCUGUGAAGUUGGUUGGACUGGUGAAUCAUGCAACAAGAAUCUAGUUCAAAUACGAGAAAAAUUUUGGCACCAGUUCCUGUUACUAUUUCCAUUACAUCAGAAAAAGAAUGCCCCUCAUGGUUACUAUGGUCUCCACUGUGACACGGAGUGUGGGAUGUGUAACAGUACUGAGACAUGCAACCACGAAACUGGACGUUGUUCCAGUAGUGGAUGUGCAGAUGGAUAUCAUGGUUAUUUAUGCAAUGAAAGACAAGGCAAUAUUACAUCAGCCGCCUCGACUAAUUAUGGUAUUGCAGUUAGCAUACCUCUGACAUUUGCCGUUCUGGUUGGUCUCGGUGUGACUGUAUAUUGCAUUAACAGUCACCAAUGGGACAGAUACAAGUGGAAGUAACCCAAGUUAUGGCCUAGGCAGCGAUAGUGUGCCUUAAAGUAGAAAAAAUCAUCUCUGCAGCGGAAGUUGCGUAUUAUGACUGUUUGACCAUGCUUGUAGUGUCCAGUAUGUUGUGUGUUUUGUAACUGCAAUAUUAAUUCACUUUGUUCUCCUAUUAAAUUCCUCAAUGAGAUUAACUUUCUGCCGAAGAGAAAUACCAAUUCCUAAUAUUUUUCGGCAUGUUUUGACAAUUACAAACAAUUAGAACUUUUCACAUUUAACCCUUAAUUUACUUCAGAUAUGUAUAUAAUGAGCAAUACUGUCGCCGAAUUCUAAUUCAAAAUUCACACUGUUUACAUAGCAUGCCAUAUAUUCAAUCAAGAGUGCUAAAUGAGUGAUUAAACACAUGCAGGCAUUAAAUCCUGUGUGUUUCGUAACAGUAUAAAAUAUGCGUAUUGAUUAAUGUUAUAAUAUUGUCAUAUCAGAUAUGUAAUUACAUAUGUAUUCAUUCUGUAAAAUUUUCAUUUCAUAUAUCUCUUUUUCUGUAUGUGCUUUAUAAUGUAAAGGAAAUUGUCAAAUAUUCCAAACAACGUCAUAUCAUCGUAGAAUAUAGGCGAACUAGACCGGUUGCUUUCUUUCGUGUAUUUGUAAAUAUUUGAUUAACAUCCAGUAUAAUAAAAUGUUUUCAUACUUUACGUACUUACAUACAAACUGUCACGGUAUCACGAUACAUUUCACUGUAGGAAGUACGUCGGAUCC